AUGGCGACACUGAUUACACUGACGUAGGUCAGGCAAUAUCAAUUUUUAACUGAAUUUUGAAUUGAUCAGCAGCAAGAGAAAUUCUACGCUGGAGGAAAUAUCCAUUAAAUUGCAAAGAUGAGCGGGGCAAAGUUGUUGCAGUUGCACGAUGGCCAGGAGAUAAUUUUAAAGGAUAACUUCACCAUCGGAAGGUCAUUAUCAAAUUCGUAUGUUAUAGAAGAAUUGCCAAUAUCAAGGGUGCACUGUAUUUUUAAGAAGGAUAGCAAUAAUAAAUGGUCAAUUAUUGACAAGAGUUCGAAUGGCACGAUACAGAAUAACAGGAAGUUGAAAAAGAAUGAACCAUCAGAUCUUUUUGUUGGUGACAUAUUAAUUAUAACAGAGAACAUUAGAUUUGAGUUUUUAAUGCAUAACAGCAAUGACAGCACUCUUAUGGUAGCAGAUCAAAGUGAGAUGGAAGUUAUUAAUUUAGUAGACUCGUUUAAUACAACACACAGUUCAUCGAAAACAAAAAAACCCAAAGGUAGACCUCCUCUGAACAAACAGCCAACCCUAAUGGUACCAAUGGUUAAAGAGAUUGAUAAAAAUGAGUUAAACAAGCCAGGCCCUUCGCAGACUGUCAUUGAUUUUGAAGAGGAAUUGGCCUGCAGCAUCUGCACAGAGCUUCUGGUAAAAGCUGUUACCCUGAACUGUCAGCACACUUUCUGCUCAUACUGCAUAUCACUGUGGAGGAAAAACAAGAAUUUAUGUCCAAUUUGUAAGACGAAGAUUAAAGAGCAUGUUCCUACUUUAUUAAUUAAUAAUUUAGUUGAAAAGGUUGUGGAAAAUCUUCCGCUCGAGGAAAGGAAACGACGUGAAACUAUAAUCAAGCAGCGCGAAGUUGUGGAAAAGCCGAAACCAAAGAAGAAGGCGAGGAAAAAUGCCACGAGUAACGGCAAUCGAAGGUCUAGACGCUUGCCCAGGGAUUCCAUGCCAAUCGAGAUCAGCUCCGACGAUUCUGCCAAUUUUCAGGAACUGUUUAGCGACGACGAUAUCGACUUGCUGGAGGUGGAUCAUUAUUACGGUGGGUACGGGAUAUGUUUUAUAUGCCACAAUCCUGGCCAUUGGGCGAACGGUUGUCCAUCACGCUAUCUUUGAUUCGAAUUCUAAUGGUGUCAUCAUGUUAUUUUAUUCAAAAAUUUAUAUUUAGUUCUAUUUAUAUUAUAAGAUUUCAAAUAUUAAUAAUAGUUCAGUUUGUUUCUUCAUAUCUGUUCUCAUGUACAAUAAUUACGUUGCUGCUCUUGUUACUAUUUAUAUAUUUGAAAACAACAGAUUAUUUCGUUUCAUUUUCACUGAUUAGUAAAAUUAUCACAAUAAA